UCGCUAUCUGUGUAUCUAUCUCUGUCAGUCUGUCACAAUUUUGAUAGAAUUUCAGUUUCGAUUGGUUGCAGAUUGCAGUUCAUGGAAUGGUACAACAAAUUUCACCCUUUUGUAGUAAAACAGAACAUCCGCAAUAACAUAGUUCAAAUUAAAGUGUAAUCCAACUUCAAAGCCAUUACCACAAAUCUAAUAGAUCCUUAAACUAAAAUACCCCUGUUAGUUCACAUCUGACGUAUCGGAUUGACAAUUGAAAAUAAAACAUCGACAGUCGAUUUGUAAUGGAAUCAUACUUCGACUUCUUUACAAGUGGAAAGGACUCUGUCGUCGAGGGAUACAAAUGAUCGAGGAAGCAGCCUAGAUCACUUUGUGAGUGUUGAAAGCACUUAAAAGAGCUUCUACAACGAUUAACGGGUCUUUCCGCGGCGCAUGACGGUGUCAUGAGCACAAGCAAGAGGCGCGGAGCUAACGGUGCUAGUUGUUUCGUACCUGGAGUGCCCGCCCUGGUGAACGUCCCAACGGCCAUGUCUGCCGACCUAGCUUCUUUGUUCGAGUGCCCUGUCUGCUUCGACUAUGUCCUGCCACCAAUCCUGCAAUGUCAGAGCGGGCACCUGGUCUGCUCCAGCUGCCGUCCCAAGUUGUCGUGCUGCCCCACGUGCCGCGGACCGCUCGGCAACAUACGCAACCUGGCAAUGGAGAAGGUCGCCAGUAAUGUCAUGUUCCCAUGUAAACACUCCAACACAGGUUGUACAGUUACACUCGUGCACACUGAAAAAGCAGAACACGAGGAGGCGUGCGAAUUUCGACCUUACUCUUGCCCUUGUCCUGGUGCCUCGUGCAAGUGGCAGGGCGGCCUGGAUCAAGUUAUGCAGCACUUGAUGACCUCACACAAAAGUAUCACCACUCUUCAGGGCGAAGAUAUUGUGUUCCUAGCUACAGAUAUAAACCUACCUGGAGCCGUAGACUGGGUCAUGAUGCAGUCAUGUUUCAAUCAUCAUUUCAUGUUGGUCCUUGAGAAACAAGAGAAAUUUGAUGGACACCAACAGUUCUUUGCGAUUGUCCAGUUAAUAGGUUCCCGAAAGGAAGCAGAAAAUUUUGCAUACAGGUUGGAGUUAAACGGGCACCGUCGCCGCCUAACAUGGGAGGCGAUGCCACGCUCCAUCCACGAGGGAGUCUCCUCCGCCAUCAUGAAUUCAGAUUGUCUUGUGUUUGAUACAUCGUUAGCCCAGUUGUUUGCCGACAACGGAAACCUGGGGAUAAAUGUGACUAUAUCGAUUGCCUAAUCCGAACUUCCAUGUACUUGCAAUAGUACAUAUGGACUAAACUAAAAGGACAUUUUAACAAUGAUCCUCAAUGAACAAUAAUAUACUUUUAGUGAAAGUGAACAUUUUAGUCUAAAAUAAUGUGUAUAAAUAUGUAUUUUAACAAAAUAUGCAAAUAAUUUUAGUGUCAUCAUCUGCAACUUUGACAUGUUUUGUAAUUAUUGUAAUCAACAACAAAGUGAGCCAAAAAUUUGUAUUUUUAUUUCAUAUUCUGUAUGUAAAUGUGUGUUUAUUGUAAGGUUAAAUAAGAGAACUUGGGUGACAGCGUGUGACAUGUGGAUGUGACAAUUCCUGUCACAACUUGUGAUUGUAUUAUUCCAAACAGAACAAAAAUGUAUUU